AUGCCUGAGUCCUGGUUUCCACGCGGAAGGGCUGCCGAAGGCGGCUGGCGACUGGACAUUGUUUCUCUGCUAGCCGUCAUCGGCGAGUCGUCGAUGGACUCUCACAUUCAAGUACUUACUUCGUCCUGGUACUGCAUCCUGCCGCGACUCCUACCCGCACCUCAAGCCUUGCUCAAACCGACACGACGCACACGAAUGCCCCAGGUGAAUGCAGCAGUGGUGGGAGUUCACAACGGUACUUUUGUUCCCACACUCAACUAUUUUCCCGAAAUUUUGCAUCCUAUAGAAGAUUUACCAGCAUUCGCUUUCAAGGUUCUCAAGAUUACGCACAGAAAUCAGUAUGGCAUGGCCGAAAGCGAUCUUCUCGAAGCAGGCGAGCGGGCUAAGACAGAUUUCCCGCCAGUAACGGCAUUAGGCACUGAUCUGACUGUCGAAGAGUGUGGAAUUAAGGCUCCAACUAAGCGGUCGACUCUACAGACAAUCAAACGGCGCGUAACUAAAACUGACAACCGUCCUCGAAUACCAGCGCGAAAAUGUUCACCCUUGAGUAUCAUAACUUUCAUAUCUUUCAUCUGGACAUGUGUACUGCUCGUCUGGGCUGUAAUAAUUGAGGAUGGAACCGCUAUACUUGCGCUCGUUACCGUCUCCAUGGUCUCAUCCGUUGUUGGUGUGGCAUCCUGGUGGCAGCCUGUUCUCAUGAAUAGACCUUCCAAAGCCAAGGUCCCAGCAGGCGACGUGGUUAUACGGACGCGCGAAGGAGCCUUUCUCCUUGUUCAAUGCAAUGAAGAUGUAGCUCGAGAACUCUAUACCGGGACGGAAGAAUGCCAAUAUCACAUCAAGACCAAGGGGUAUCGUAUCUUAGUCGGCGUUGGGACCGUUCUACUUAUGGUCUCUGUCGUUUUGAUGGGUAAUUGUGGCUUUAUUAUGCAAGCUGCAAUCGGAUUGUCCUACAUGGUGCUUAAUGGUGUUUACUGGGCCGCAUCGUUGAUCGAUCGCACCAGGUUUUGGAACCUUUCCAACUUUCACGUUGAAGAUGUAACGCCAGAAGACGGUCGUGACGCCCACAAGCAAACUUCAGACCACACGGGCGGAAUAGGGCAGAAACCCAGCUUCACACGCACCAUGUGGUACGCUAUCCGAGAAACUCAGAAGAUUGGCUGGGUUAAGCGGGGAGGAGCAGCGCCCAAGACAAGUGAGUGGGAUGAAUGGCUUAUACUUGCCGAGAAAAACGCUGUUAACGGCAAUCGAUCAUGGCCUGCUGUACAGAUGCGCGAUAACCUUGUUGGUCACGGCUCUGUAGCAUACUUUUCUUCCUCGGGCGACGGUGUCCAAGAAAGAGCUCCCGCGUAUGAGGUUCCUCCUGAGAGCUCUCGUUAG